AUGACACGAUAUAGCAUCGCGUCAUCACUAUCGCGCCAUCGCAUCAUCGCUAUCGCACCAUCGCAUCAUUGCUAUCGUGCCAUCGCGUCAUCGCGCUAUCGCUUCAUCGUACCAUCGCAUCAUCGUCAUCGCAUUGUCGUGCCAUCGCAUCAUCGCCAUCGCGCUAUCGCUCCAUCGCUUCAUCGUUAUCGCACCAUCGCUUCAUCGUCAUGGCAUUAUCGCGUCAUCGCACUAUCGACUCAAACUUCGAUGAUAUUUUUGACCAUUCUCAGUGGAUUCGUAGCUGUUAGGAAAAGUGAAACUUGGAAUCAUUGCACAAGUAAUCCUAGUUGUCGCUGUAUCCCAAAUGGUAACAAGAGUUAUCAAGCAGACUGUUCAAAUCUCGCAAUCACACAGGUACCCCAAACUCGACCAGUUGUCAACUCUCUCAAUAUAGGACAUAAUCGAAUAAGUCACAUUAUACACACGUUCAGUUCCACACUUGUACAUUUAGAUAUGUCUUAUAACCAGCUUCAAAAUUUUACCCACGAUGUGUUCGCCAACUUAACAAGCCUGAGAACUCUAAAUCUAGAGGGAAAUCAACUCCAACUUGACGAAAGCGUAUUCAGACCACAAAUCUUCCGAGACUUAAAAGCUUUACGUGAACUGAACAUCAAGAAGACUACAAUCAAGGUAGGGAACAACACAUUUCCAAAUAAAAUGUGGGGACAUCUCUCCUCGUUAGAGAAUCUCCGAAUUGACGUCAUAUCAUCGACACAAUUUGGACGACAGUUCUGCUCACUUACGUCACUGACAGCCCUGGACGUAUCAGGCUUGUCGGGGUUUUGCUCAAUAGAAGAAAUCGGAGAGAAGUUUUUGGAAAAUCUGCCUCACUUAGAAGUUCUGGAUUUGUCUUCUUGUAAGAUAAAAGGAAUCGCAGCAGGUGCCCUGAGGAAACAACGAAAUAUAACGGUCCUUGAUAUUUCAUACAAUGAAAAACUUACAUUUGCAAGUUUUGCAAAUAUAACAAGCGAUUUACAGUUUUCCAAAAUAAAGGUUUUCAAAGCUAACAAAAUCCACUGCACGUUCGGACUGGGUACUGUGAUUCAAAUCCGUGACAUCAUGCACUUUCGGAACACACCCCUUGAAGAACUCUACCUAGAGAACAACAGGCUAGCUCUUAUAGAAGGAUAUGCUAUACGCUAUUUACCUCACACUCUCAAAUUAGUGUCGAUCGCCCAAAAUAAAAUGUCAGUUGGUACUUACUUAAUGGAUGCCGUGUUCUUGACUGGAAUGGAAAAACUUAAUUUGUCCCUCCAGAUGGCUUCCACCCCAAUCAGUGAACUGAUGGACGCUUUCACUUGUCAGAAUCCUGUACGACCUUCCGAUAAUACAGUAGGAAGGUAUUCCAACAAAUACAACACAGAAUCAUUUCAAAUGAGAUAUAAUACUAGUAUCACGGUCACUCUGCCAAGAAAUUUAAGAACUCUCAUACUGAGAACUUGCAGCAUACGUCUGGAAGUUUUUAGGAUUCUCGUUAACCCCUCCAAUCAGUUGUCCUAUGUUGACAUUUCACAGAACGUCAUUACCAGUUUCACGGGACCCAUUGUAGGAUUUAAUAAACUGAAACAUUUGGAUUUAUCAGAUUGUCUCUGUUCUUCUAUUUCAACUGGCUUAUUUGAUUUCACAACCUCACUGCAAGUCUUAAAGCUUAACAAAAACCUUUUAGGUCUCAGUCUGAAAGACGAUUUGGACGGAGGAACCUUUAAAAAUCUGGUGAAUCUUCUAGAGCUAGAUUUAUCGGACAACCGGAUUCAACUGCUGCCCGAAAAGAUAUUCAAAAAUCUACGAAAGCUUCAAAAGCUGAAUUUAAGCUCUAAUUUCCUGACAGAAUGGAAUGUGAAGAUGAAUAACAUGUGGAAUCUGAACACAAUUGAUAUUUCACUUAAUAAGAUAAGGCAACUCAGUCACGAUGCUACCAUCUCGUUAUCAGGAAUUUUAAAAAAGAGUAAACAUUUUAAAAUUUCACUGGCAGAAAAUCCUUUUGCUUGUUCAUGCGAUUCUAGACAUUUCCUACAGUGGUCCUCCAAAUAUCGCGAACAUAUCUCGGAUUUUUAUCAUAUGAAAUGUAAGUUAGACAACGGAACAAGUUUUGGUUUCCGCGACAUAGAAACAGUUUUACAACUGCUGGAAAUUCAGUGUAAAAAUUAUCAACAGGUAACAUUCGUAAUUACUUCCGUCAUAGUUUGUUUCUUUAUGAUAAUUGUUUCCGGUUUGAUUUACCGGUACCGAUGGAAACUGCGUUACUUGUUUUAUAUGACGAAAAACAAAUACCGAUUAGCCAGCCCUAUACAUCGGGAUACGUUUACGUUUGAUGCCUUUAUAUCAUACGCUGAUGAAGACAGUGACUUCGCGGUGCGCGAGUCGAUUUCCCAGCUAGAGGAAUCUAGAGGAUUGCGUCUGUGCCUCAGUAAGAGGGACUUCCGGCCCGGUUCAGAGAUUGCAGCAAACAUUACAGAAGCCAUCAGCAAGAGUCGUAAGACAAUCAUUAUUCUAUCUAAUCAUUUCCUGAACUCUUACUGGUGUAUGUAUGAAUUCAAUAUGGCAAGGAUGGAGAGUAUUUAUACCCGGAAUGGAAGAGAUGUUCUGUUUAUGGUUAUGUAUCGACACGUUACUGCUAGGAUGCUGCCUUUAUCAAUGCUGGCUUUGGUAGAAAGUCGGUCCUAUAUUGAGUAUCCCGACGAUCCCCAAGGAGACGUCGUAUUCUGGGACAAAAUAGCUGAAACAUGCAAAAAGCCUUCAAGAUUAAACUAGCUGACGCCUGCAAAAAGCCAUUAAGAUUAAACUAUCAGACCCCUGCCAAAAGCCUUCAAGUUAAAUAUUGCUGAAA